AUGGCAUCCAUAAAGAACGAGUCUGACUACGAGGACGACGAAGUGUUUCAGGAGACUGAGGACAAAAGCGACGUCGAUUAUGAGGAGGAUGAAGAAAAAGAAGAAGAAGAAAAGGAACACAAUUCACAGACGGAGAAGAAGCCAAAAGAGAAGCCCGUGAAGAAAGAGAAACAAACACCAGACGCCCCAGAGCUAAGACUGGCCGAUGACGAGGACGGAGAGGUGUAUUAUGUUGAAGCUCAGCGGACUCGAGGACGUGGUCGUCCUCGUUUGGGUAAGAGACGGAAAAUGGAUGAUGAAGGAGACCCUAAUAACAAAUACCGGAACAUACUUACGGAUGAGGAUGGGAAUCCGAUCAAAAUCAAGGACGACGAAGUUAUAACUCCAGAAGACCCAAAGGGAGAAACAAAAGUGAAUAAGAUGGGCCAACUACUGGGAGGUCGCCAAUACAAGUGUCGUAUUUUUAAGGUUCCUCAGAGAGGACAAAAGUACUACAUGAUUGCUACCGAAGCUGCGCGUUUGGUGGGAUACAGAGAUUCAUACUUUUUAUUCCAGAAACACAAACGGUUAUUCAAGAUCACUCUUGGCGAUACAGAAAAGCUCGAUCUGAUAGCCAAUGGCGUGCUUCCUAACUCUUACAAGACAAGAACCAUAUUCUUAGUGACUGCUAGAUCUAUCUUCAAGGAAUUCGGUGCCAAAAUAGUUGUGAAUGGAAAGCAGGUGGAUGACGAUUACUACGAACAGAAAGCUAUUGAAUCUGGUGCUCAACGAGGUGCUCCAGCCGUGAUAACAUUUGAUUACUAUAACGAGAACAAUGAUCAAAAACGCGUCGCUAUGCUUACUCCAGGUAUCACGGGUUUUGAGCGCGCAUUUGUGCAGGCCAGUAAUCCUCACAUGACCUGGAUAUAUGACCAGGCUUUGAGUGUGCGGAAGUUCGAUGCUGAGUUGCUCAACGACAGACUAGAGAUCCUGAAGUCAAAGUUUAUGAGGGAUCCAUACACCGGAGUCAACCAUGUUCCAGAUAUCAUGCAGCCUACGACAUGUUCCAUACAGAAGCUCCACGAUAGUCGUAAACUGAAAUUUGACAUAGUGAUCCAAGACAAGGGCGUCAUCAAGACCGGCUUAGAAGACGUGCCGCUGGAAAUUUUCGAUGGUGUUGUUGAUGAGGAGACGAAGCAAGCGAUACUCAAACAGCAAGAGCUCGAGCGUGCCUAG